GAUAGAAAAAGGAUGCCAUGUCAAACAAUUAAACACAAAAAAAAAGGGAAUUUUUAAAAUUUUUUUGACCACAUCAAUUAUUUAUCCAUGUUUUCAAUCCUAAGUGUCACUAAUGAUACAACAAGACACUACCGCAAGGAAUGGACCGUUGAAACUAUAUAAACUGAGCUUGAAGCUUCUGGUAGACACGAAAAGCCACAGGGUACUCUUCGCUGAAGCUGGCAAAGAGUUUGUUGAUUUUCUGUUCAACUUACUGUCUCUGCCUAUUGGAUCGGUGAUAACAAUUCUGUCUAAACAAGGGAUGGUUGGUUCCCUUGGAAAGCUUUAUGAGAGCGUUCAGACUUUAACUGUUCCUCCAUUGUUGCCAAACAUUCAGAUGACAAAUUCUACGAGGUUUUAUGGGUGUAGCAGGACCUACAAUACUAGCUGUUAUAAUCCCGUGACGAACGACCCUGGUGUCAAAUGUCCUAGUCUUGGAACAUCAAUGGACAGGGAACUAAAGUAUGUUUGUGAUCCACCAAAUAAGAAUUCUUGCUCAACUGAAGAAGGUUAUGUGAAAGGUGUGGUGACAUAUAUGAUCAUGGAUGAUCUAGAGGUAAGACCAAUGUCUACCAUUUCUAGUACCACCACGAUUAACAAGUUCAAUAUCAAAGAUAUAGGGGUGCUUGAAGAGAAUGUGGUUGAUGUGGGCAUGGACCAGGGUGUGGAAUUGCUAAAGGCUUCUUUACAUUCCAAGGCUAUUCUUACUGAAGUAUUCCUCAAGAAAAAUCCUUAUUUUGCAGCGGUGAGCAAGGUUGACUAAAUGCACCUGAAGGAAUCAAUUUAGUGAGCGAACCGUACCUUCAUAUACUCUGUGGUGUGUUUUGCUUAUAUAUUUUGUUUAUUGUCCUCCAAUAUCUAAUGUAUGUUUCAAAAUAUGGAAAAAUCUGACUUCUUGUUUUUUGUUGUUUUUGUGUGAACAUUUUUCAAGUCUUAAGUUUUAAGGAAAGACGAUAUUAUUUACAGUUGUUGUUAGUUAUUUUUGGGCAAUUGGUUUUUUGUUUUUGUUAUAUGAUUGUUUGCGAGAUUAUUCAAAUUGCAGGUUGUUGUGGAUUUUUGGGCAAUUGCAGAUUGUUGUUUUUGAGGGAUUUUUGGGCAAUUGCAGGUUGUUGUGAGGAAUUCUUUGGCAAUUGAGGGCAAACGGGCAAUUGAGGGAUUUUUGGGAAUUUUUUGAGGAAUUUGUUGUGAGGAAGUUUUUGGAAAUUAGAAUUUUUUGCC